UUACUAGUGGGCAUACUACUGUUAGUAGAAGUAUAAUGAAAUUCUACUGUAUGGACCGUUGACCGCAAUCCCAGUCCACGCUUUCAGACAAGCCAGCAUCUUCUCUUUCAUUCAAAACCCCAUCUUCCUCACCCGUUAAUGGCGGCUUCUCCUUUUCCUUCUUUCUCUAAUCCGCCAAUUUCCAUCUUUCCUAUCAUUCUUAUCAACCAAUCGGAAAAAGAAAAACCCACUUUUGCUUUUAAUUUUACUUUAUUUCUUCCAUGGAUCCUCCACUUCAAGCUUUUAUAGCUGCGGCUUCCAGCUUCGUUGCAGUCAUCUUGAUCUUUACUGCUCUCUAUGUUUUCUGCAGAGACCCUAUCAAACGUCGUCGUAUUGAAGAGACCCUGAAUCAUCCCCAGAGCCGGACCCGAAACACCCGGGCGAUAGCUAGUAGAAAUACGGAGCUUUCAUCCAUCGCCGUGACUGAAAGUGCAACAUUUGACCCAUCUCUGCAUCAAAUCUCCAUGAAGGAGCUCGCCGACGCGACCCGAGAUUUCUCACCGGAGCUCAUCAUCGGCGACGGGAGUUUCGGGAUGGUAUACAAGGCGAAGCUGAACUCCGGCAUCACCGUCGCCGUGAAGAAGCUCUCCGCCGAUGCUUUUCAAGGAUUCCGGGAAUAUCGGGCCGAGAUGGAAACCCUAGGUAAGAUCCAACACGAGAAUAUAGUCAAAAUGCUCGGGUAUUGCUCCACGGGUUGUGACCGGGUCCUUAUUUACGAGUUCAUCGAAAAAGGUAGUCUUGAUCAAUGGCUUUACGACACGUCAUCGACAUCGGAUAUGUUGGAAUCAAUGCCAUGGAGUCCACUAAAUUGGGGAACAAGGAUUAAAAUUGUUAAAGGAGUAGCUAAGGGACUUGCUUAUAUGCAUAAUUUGGAUACUCCAAUCAUCCAUAGAGAUAUCAAAGCUAGUAACAUCUUAUUAAAUGGAAAUUUUGAAGCUUAUAUUGCUGAUUUUGGAUUGGCUAGGAGAAUUCAAGGGUCACAUUUACAUGUAUCAACACAAGUAGCAGGAACAAUGGGGUACAUGCCACCAGAGUACAUUAAUGGUGCACCAAUGGCAAAAACAAAUGGAGAUGUUUAUAGUUUUGGUGUGUUAAUGUUAGAGAUUGUCACAGGGAGGCGUCCUAAUUUCCCAUUUACAGGAGAAGAUGGUCAUGAAAUUAGGCUUGUCAAUUGGAUUAGUAGUAUGGUAGAGCAAGAAAGGUAUAUGGAAAUGGUUGAUGUCAAUCUUUCAAAGGCUGACUUGAAAGAAAGUGCAAUUGUUGAGUAUUUUAGGAUUGCCAUGAUGUGUGCUAAUGAAAAUUGUCACGCUAGGCCUCCCAUGAAUGAAGUCGUCGAGAUUCUGAAUGGAAUUUCAACAUGUUAAAGGGAUGACAUUCAUUUCUUCAUAGAAUUACUCCAUACUUAUGCUGAUGAAGAUAAUAUAUACUUAGUAUAACGGUCAAGAUGUGCUCAAAUCGAUCCAAAUACCAAUUGUUAUUCAAAAAAUGUAAGUACAUAAACACCUUGAUUUUUCUAUUUUUAUUUUUGCAAGACCUGCAUUAUCAAAUCAAGUAGAUGUUAUAAUAGAAUACGUCGGUUGUUGAAAAGUGGCGGCCCUGUUUUCUGGCUGAAUAUGGCAAUGAUUCAUGGCAAGAAAGUUCCGACUAGCGAAUUGGUUGACCUC